AUGCAAGAGAAAAAGGACUUCGAAAUAGGCGCCCAGAUCGAUCCAAUAGUUUCCUUCACAAAGAAUGACUUAGAAGACAAACAUCUUCAUGUGCUAACUACUUUCGUCUCGCCACAAGGGAAGGAGGUACUGGUGACUAACAAUGUCGACCAAGCAAUGAAGUUUGCCUUGGAGCACAAGGGUGAGGUAGUUGAGCUAGAUGAAAAGGCCGGUAAAAAGUUGUUACGCAAAAUAGAUCUUUUCCUAUUACCUGUGAUGUGUUUGUUAUACUGUUUUCAAUUCAUGGACAAACUCACAACUAGUUACAGUUCGAUCUUAGGAUUACGGACAGAGUUGCAUAUGGUUGGAGAUAUGUACAGUUGGACCACGACGUGCUUUUACUUGGGUUAUUUGGUGUUUGAGUUCCCAGCGUCAUUGCUACUUCAAAGGUUCCCAGUGGCUAAGACUGUGGGCUGUUUUAUCGUACUUUGGGGUAUGAUAUUGGCUUUGUGUUCAGUUCCACAGUACGCUGGGUUUAUUGCAUUGAGGACAAUCCUUGGAAUGCUUGAGCUGGCUGUGACUCCAGCUUUUGGAAUCAUCACAUCUCAGUGGUACAAGAAAGAGGAACAGUUUUUGAGAACUGCAUGGUGGUUUGCUUCGAAUGGUAUUGGAACUAUUCUUGGACUGUCUAUCGCAUACGGGUUGUACGAGAACCAGUCGUCGUACAGCUUACCAGCUUGGAAGUUGGUAUUCGUAGUCACUGGUGUAUUGACAAUCUUUUUGGGGUUUGUUAUCAUGAUACACAUACCCGACACACCAACUAAAGCGUGGUUCCUUUCAGAAGAAGAAAAAGUCUUGGUCGUUGAAAGAAUCAGAUCCAAUCAACAAGGUUUCGGAAACCCAAGAUUCAAGAAGAAGCAAUUCAUUGAAGCGUUAACCGAUCACCGGACGUGGUUAUUCUUUUUGUUUUCUGUUUCCACAAACAUUCCAAAUGGUGGUAUUACGAGUUUUGGAACAAUAUUAUUAAAUGAACAAUUUGGAUACACUGCCGCACAGUCAUUGUUGAUGCAGAUGCCGUCAGGCGCGGUUGAGAUAGUGGGAUGUGUGUUAUUUGCCUGGGUUACUAGAUUCUUGAAAUCACGUAUGUUGAUGGCAUGUAUUAUCACUGCUGUAGUUGUUAUGUCACAGUGCCUACUAGCAUUUGCACCUACCAAUGCCGGGAAAUUAUCAGGAUAUUAUUUGUACUCACUUGCUCCUGUGGGUUUUAUUUGCAUUUUGUCCCAGGUGUCUUCANCUUCAGGCGCGGUUGAGAUAGUGGGAUGUGUGUUAUUUGCCUGGGUUACUAGAUUCUUGAAAUCACGUAUGUUGAUGGCAUGUAUUAUCACUGCUGUAGUUGUUAUGUCACAGUGCCUACUAGCAUUUGCACCUACCAAU